GCAGAUUAAAUCGAAGAAAUGGCAAAAUCAAACAUUGUGUUUAUUCUCCCACUUGCAUGCCUCCUCCUUGCUAGUGUUCUUCAUGUUUCAGCUGAUGUUAGUGGAGACCUCUCUGGCACUAUGAGGUCUCUAAAGGAGAUACUUCCCACAAAUGAAACUUCACCAACAUCAGGCAUUGGUGUCCCACUGGAUGUAGUUGACAAAGUACUUGAAUUAGUCACUCAACUUAUAGCCUGUCUAAAGGACCUCGUCCUCAAAGUUCCUUUGCUAUGUGUCAUCCUUUAUCCGGUGAUUAUCAUCCUUGAGAUCAUUGUGAUUUACAUCCCUGGUGGGUUUCCUUGCCCAAUUAUCAUUGAAGUCAUUUGCAAGUAUCUGGGCAAUGCGAUUCCUGUGUGGACUCCAAUCAAGUUCAUCAAAGUAGAUCUAACUGUUAUUGUGAGCCUCACCACAACUAUCAAGCUUCUGCAGAGUGUGAUUAUCCUUGUUACUCCAAACAGUUGCAUUUUCCUUGUGCUGAGUGCACUGGUUAAUAUCCUUCAGUCAGUGCUGGGAUUACUCUAUUAAGCUCUGAUAAAAUGCACAAUGUUUAAAAUAAAAUAAAUCUUGAAUUAAAUGUGUUUUUUAAACUGGAAA